AUAUGUAUAUGUGUGCGAGCUUUGGUUUGGUUUGGUUUUCAUUUUUUUCAUAAACUUGUUUGAUAGUGCUUCAUUUCGAAGCAAUCAAUGACGAAACAAACAAACAAAUAUUGAAUAAAAUAUUGAAUUAUUAUUUUUAUUUAAAACCCAAAAAAGAAAAGAAGAGAAAGAAAAGAAUCCAUAGCUGUCGUUUCUGCGUAUUUGGGGAAGCUUACGAAGCCGUGUGGGUGUCAUGGGUUUGGCUCAUGAUCUGCCCCAUUCUCGCCCAACCCUUUUCCAUUUUUGUCAUUUAAGUAUUGGGUUUUCUUUCAUUUUGUGUCUGUGAUGGUCUUUGCCGUGGUGGGUAUCGCCCAAGUUUCUGAUCACGAAGAUUUGAAGGAUAUUUAAGCUUUCUUUUUCCGUGAUCUGAUUGCGUAGACCUGUUUUAGAUAAGGAUAUUGAUGAGAUUUGUCUUCAACCAUUUCAGAUUCUUCUAGUUAUUCAUGUUGGUCGUCAAUUAUUGAGGUGAAACUGCACAGCUUCAUUUUGGAAAAGAUGGGCUUUGCUUGGUUUUGUUUGAAGGAAUCUUUUACUUGGAACAGAGUAAAAGUUUGAUUCUUGGCUUAUUUUAAGUAGAAGGGGAGAAAAAUUAAAAAAAAAAAAAAUUAAGGACUUCUAAGAAUCUACAGGAAAAGAUUGUGUCGAGGUUCAAUAAAUUAGCUUUGUGUGUGAACUGAAUUUGAGACGUUUUGUUAGGAGGAGGAUUAAGUAUAUGAUAGGUCAUAAGCGUGGAAAAGGGGGGAGAAGUCUAAAGGAAAAGGCACAAAAGUGAGAAUUUUACUAUUUAAAAAAGGAGGGAGAAGAAAAGUAAAGAGAAUAACCUUACAGGGAUGAUCAUAACCCAGAAGUAGAAGUGGCAAGAAAAUGGCGACUUUGGUUGAUCCCCCUAAUGGAGUCAGGCAACAAGGAAAGCAUUACUACUCAAUGUGGCAAACUUUGUUUGAGAUUGACACCAAGUAUGUUCCUAUCAAACCAAUAGGGAGAGGUGCCUAUGGUGUGGUGUGCUCAUCCAUCAAUAGGGAAACAAACGAGAAAGUUGCCAUCAAGAAGAUCAACAGCGUCUUUGAGAACCGCAUAGAUGCCCUGAGGACUCUGAGGGAGUUGAAGCUUCUUAGGCAUAUCCGUCACGAGAAUGUGAUUGCUUUAAAGGAUGUUAUGAUGCCUAUUCAUAGGACAACUUUCAAGGAUGUUUAUCUGGUUUAUGAGCUCAUGGAUACUGACCUCCAUCAAAUUAUUAAGUCCGCACAACCGCUUUCUAGUGAUCACUGCAAAUACUUUUUAUUUCAGUUGCUUCGUGGGCUCAAGUAUCUUCACUCUGCGAACAUCCUUCACCGUGACCUGAAGCCCGGGAACCUCCUUGUCAAUGCUAAUUGUGACCUAAAGAUAUGCGAUUUUGGUCUGGCAAGAACCAGUGGAGGAAAUGGCCAAUUCAUGACAGAAUAUGUUGUCACUCGUUGGUAUCGUGCACCAGAGCUACUUCUCUGUUGUGACAACUAUGGAACCUCCAUUGAUGUCUGGUCUGUAGGAUGCAUAUUUGCUGAAAUCCUUGGUCGAAAACCAAUCUUUCCUGGAACUGAAUGCCUCAACCAGCUAAAGCUAAUCAUCAAUGUUCUUGGCAGCCAGCGUGAAGUUGAUACUGAGUUUAUUGAUAAUCCAAAGGCCAGAAAGUUCAUAAAAUCCCUGCCUUAUUCUAGAGGGACACAUUUUUCCAGGCUAUAUCCCCAUGCUGAUCCAUUAGCCAUAGAUUUGCUGGAGAGAAUGCUUGUGUUUGAUCCAACAAAGAGGAUCACUGUCACAGAAGCACUCCAACACCCUUACAUGGCAGGACUUUACGAUUCGAGACGCAAUCCUCCUGCCCAGGUCCCAAUCAGCCUUGAUAUAGAUGAGAAUUUGGUGGAACCUAUGAUAAGGGAGAUGAUGUGGAAUGAGAUGCUUCAUUACCAUCCUGAUGCUGCUACUGUCAAUAUAUGAGUAAAAUGUUACCUUCAUAAAGACCUUUCUUGACUUGUGUUGCUUCUCUUAAUGAGCUUUUGGAACCAGCAGUACCUUCUAUCUACUAUUAUUUUUCUAUGAACUACUACCUCAGCAUUUGAAUUUUAACACCAUGAUUCUACUUUCAAAGAUUUUGUUUUUAACAACUACUUUAGUAGUUCGAGAUCUUUGCAUAGCAUGGUUAUCUUGUAACGUGUAAAUAAUUAUGCUAGUUACUUAUAAUUAUGAGACUUUGACUUUGCAAUUCUACUCUGUUAUGUAGUUUAUUUUGAGGCACUAUUUCCUUUGAAGAACUGAAGGAGUGGAAUAAAUUUGAAUCUUUUUACCAUA